GUUAAUUUUGACUGUCUUUCUCUAAUUUUUCGUUCAAUCUAGGUACUCUCCUCCUCCACAGCUUCACCACACACAUUAUUCCCAAUUUGGAAUUUCCAAUUUUUUUAAUUCCUUUUCUUUCACAAUUUUGUUUGCACACAAAUAAUUUGUGAAUUGAUAUAUAUAUUUCAGAAUUACUGUUUAAUUUAAUAUCAUUUAAAUUCAAUUGGAUGUGAAGAAUCGAAUCUUUUUAUAAUCGAAUUAGGGUUUUUAUUAAUUGAGCUGGAAACAAAUUAAAUUAUAACAAUAUUAUGGGAUUUGAUGAGUCUGAAAUAAUUGACGAUGAUGGUGGUGGAGGAAAAAGUUUGAGAAAAUCAAAUGUAGCUUGCUCAAUUUGUCUUGAAUUUGUCACCGAUAAUGGUGAUAGAUCUUGGGCUAAGCUUCAAUGUGGUCAUGAAUUUCAUCUUGAUUGCAUUGGCUCAGCAUUUAAUAUUAAAGGCAAAAUGCAAUGCCCAAAUUGUAGGAAGAUUGAGAAAGGUGAAUGGCUCUAUGCCACCAAUUGUCGUUCAUUUACAGAUUAUACGGAUGACUGGCCCCCUGACGAGGAACUUUAUGAUGUGAGCCACUCUGAGAUGUUUGGAGUUCCGUGGUGCCCUGUUCCUGCCUUUUCACGGUUUCCCUCAUUUGAGGAGGGGGACUUCUCAUCUGUGCCAUAUCAUGAUUUUUUGGUUCAACCUGCUGUCUUUGCUGAACAUACGGCUGUUUCAUCUUCUACUCAUCAAUGUCCUUACAUGGCAUAUUAUGGACCUGUUCAUUCUUCAUCCUCAAACUCUGUUGGGAGUGUGUCUGAUGGCUCCAAUUUUAGCAAUCGCUGGGGUGCCCCGUCUGGCCCCAGUGAAAUGCCAACGUCUUAUACCUUUGGUGCUACGGACCCACAUCAUCAUGGUUGGGAGCAUCACAACUUGAGAUUUUUGGCUAAUGGCAGUCGCUUGAGUGCUUCUGAUCAACCUUCGACUCCAUCUUUGACGACAAGAUCUUCUCGAGUCAAUUCUGAUGUACAAAGAUCAGGCUUGUUUGUCCAUCCAUCUGUUGCAAGUCACAGUUCUAGCGGUAGGGUCGGAAGCUCAAUUGCUUCGUCUUUGGUUCCACCUUAUCCAAGCAGCGCAGCUCGGGCUCGUGAUCGUGCACAAGCUCUUCAGGCAUAUUUUCAUCAACCUAGCAGUCCCCUGCCUAUGCGUGCACCAGUUAUACCCAAUACAAGAAGAUCCAGUGGUCAUCUGAGAUUGUCCCAAGGGCCCUCACUUCCCUCAUCAUCCGAUCAGACAAGUAGUAGCUUCUUCGUCUACCCAUCAGGUCUAUCCACACGGAGCUACCCACAAGCAGAGAAUCAAUUAUCCAGCAGAAAUCAAGGUUGGGAAAGGGACAAUUUGGCUUCUUUUCCAUUAGCUCAGGGUGAUAGAGAUUCCAUUUGGCUUUCCCACCAGAUUGUUGGUGGCUCCAGCAGUUUCCGCCAACGUCAUGGAUCUGAACGGACCCAAUCACAAAAUCGCUCAUAAAGACCAUCCUACGUAUCCCUUUUUUCGUUUUUAUGUGAAAGUGGGAAAAAUUUGUCGAAUAUUGCAAAUACGGAAACAUGGUCUUUUUUGGCUAUUUGGUUGAUCGAAAAGCUUGCCUGCCAUAAAGGUAAAACAAAUAAGUCGUUGAAUCGUGGACUGAAAUUGCCGUGCUAGAAUGCCUGGAAGUUUGCUGGAAGGGGGAACUGAGUUUUGUUGCUUAAAACUUUGAUUCCCUAUAUUUGUGCUGUUUUGUAAAAAAAACCUUCAGUUUUGGACGCUCAUUCUUUCUUGCUCAUUUUAUUGGUAUCAUUUGCUACUUCUUUGCUUACUUAUGAGACAUUGAUAAUGUAAUGAUAAUGAUAAGAUAAUUUGAUAUUAAUAAUUCAUAUUUUGUCCAUCAUCUCAUAUUAGUCCUAACUAUUGGCUAACAUAAAACAAAUUAUAUUGUAAUAGUAAUCUUUUUUAUUAAUCUAACUAUACUUUUAACUAAAAUAAUUUUAUUUUGAGAUAAAAAAGUAUGCAUUGUAAUUUAUAUAAUUUAUAAGGAUAAGAUGAGCCUAACAGUAUGAAUUGUUCAAAGUUAACCAAUAGUAAGGAUUAGUUUUAAGACUAUGGACAAAUAUUUGUUUUAUUAAUGUCAAUUUUUUCUGACAAUAAUAAUACAAUAUAAUAAGUCUAUAGAACAUUUAGAGUUUUGUCAAA